UUGAGCUGGACUUACCAGAAGGCUUCCUGCAGGAGAUGGCUAUUCUCUGCCGCAGGUCCGUGAAACCCAAGACCCUGACCUGCCUUCUAGUGGCUUUGAGUUUCUUGGGCCUGCAUUUGUGGUUCCCCAAAGCCCCCGGGUCCCAGCUAGAGAGGAUGUCGGAUGGCUCCCCGCAGGUUGCCCGUGUGACCCCCGCUGCCGCGCCACUGUCCAGCCCUGCGCCUCCGUGCGUGGCCAACGCCUCGGCGAACGCCACGGCCGACUUCGAGCAGCUGCCAGCGCGCAUCCAAGACUUCCUACGGUUCCGCCACUGCCGCCACUUCCCAUUGCUCUGGGAUGCGCCGGCCAAGUGUACGGGCAGCCGCGGGGCCUUCCUGCUGCUGGCCGUGAAGUCGUCGCCGGCCAACUACGAGCGGCGCGAGCUCAUCCGCCGCACGUGGGGGCAGGAGCGCAGCUACGGCGGGCGGGCCGUGCGCCGCCUCUUCCUGCUGGGCACCGCCGCGCCCGAGGACGCCGAGCGCGCUGAGCGGCUAGCGGCGCUGGUGGCGCUGGAGGCGCGCGAGCACGGCGACGUGCUGCAGUGGGCCUUCGCCGACACCUUCCUCAACCUCACGCUCAAGCACGUGCACCUGCUCGACUGGCUGGAGGCCCGCUGCCCGCACGCGCGCUUCCUGCUCAGCGGCGACGACGACGUCUUUGUGCACACAGCCAACGUGCUCCGCUUCCUGCAGGCGCAGCCGCCCCACCACCACCUCUUUGCCGGGCAGCUCAUGAGCGGCUCCGUGCCCAUCCGCGACAGCUGGAGCAAGUACUUUGUGCCGGCGCAGCUCUUCCCCGGGCCGGCCUACCCGGUGUACUGCAGCGGCGGCGGCUUCCUCCUGUCCAGCCACACGAUCCAGGCCCUGCGUCAAGCCGCCCGCCACACCCCGCUCUUCCCCAUCGACGACGCCUACAUGGGCAUGUGUCUGGAGCGCGCCGGCCUGGCGCCCAGCGGCCACGAGGGCAUCCGGCCUUUCGGCGUGCAGCUGCCAGGCGCCCAGCAGCCCUCCUUCGACCCCUGCAUGUACCGCGAGCUGCUGCUCGUGCACCGCUUCGCGCCCUUUGAGAUGCUGCUCAUGUGGAAGGCGCUGCACGACCCCGGGCUGAGCUGUGCCCGGGGGCACAGGGUCUCCUGA